AUGACGGCUGCUGGGAGACAAGCAGAGGUCAAGGGUGCAAAAUUUAAGGAGGCAUUUGUGCAGAAGGAUGGGGGCUACACAGCAAGCCUUGCAGAGGAUGAUGGUUUCCUCUUCCUAGCCCUUGCCGUGAGUUUAGGGGAACUGCCAUCUCAAAGAGUGCUGGUGCUUGCCCUUGGGUAUACAGGCUUCAAGAGCUUCCGGCAGGUGAAGAGAAGCGAGCGGAGCCGGAGUCAAGAGCAGAGGCCGAACUGGGGAUCUGACAGGACGGCCGGGCUGCCCCGCAGGAUUAUCAAGGAGACCCAGCGUUUGCUGGCAGAACCAGUUCCUGGCAUUAAAGCAGAACCAGAUGAGAGCAAUGCCCGUUAUUUUCAUGUGGUCAUUGCUGGCCCCCAGGAUUCCCCCCUUGAGGGAGGGACUUUUGAACUUGAACUAUUCCUUCCAGAAGAAUACCCGAUGGCAGCCCCUAAAGUACGUUUCAUGACCAAAAUUUAUCAUCCUAAUGUAGACAAGUUGGGAAGAGUAUGUUUAGAUAUUUUGAAAGAUAAGUGGUCCCCACUGCAGAUCCGCACAGUUCUGCUAUGGAUCCAGGCUUUGUUAAGUGCUCUCAAUCCAGAUGAUCCAUUAGCAAAGGAUGUAGUGGAGCAGUGGAAGACCAGCGAAGCCCAAGCCAUAGAAACAGCUAGAGCACGGACUAGGCUAUAUGCCAUGAAUAAUAUAUUUAAAAUCGAUCUGAUCAUCAAGUGUGCAUCACUUCUCCUGUUCUGCCAAGACUUCUUCCUUUUUUGUUUGCAUUUAAUGGACACAGUCUUAGAAACAUACAGAAUAAAAGCCCAGACAUCUUCAGUCCUUUGGUGA